UCCGUUCGGUUAUUGUCAACUCAGCCGUACGCCGGAACAGUCGAAACUCUGUCGGGGCUCUUCAAAUUUGAAUACAGUCAGUGGAAAGAAGAAAAAGCGCUAGCAAAAAAGUAGAAAAAAUAAGCACACAUUCAACCAAAACUGUGUACUGGUAUUUAGUGCUUGCGCUCUAGUAGAGGAAAGAGAAUAGUCGGAUAUCGCUGCGUUUGUACUUAAGUAACACAUUUUCAACAAAGUCAGUUCGGGCGAUCCCAAUCGGUGUAAAUUUUCGGCAAUUCGCGACGCGUCUAGUGUACUUGGAUCCAGACGGGUUAUUAUUUUGCGCGUUGGCCACGUCCUUGCAAUAGCGGCACGGUAGUAAGAACUCGAUUUGUGCUCGAUUAGUGACAGUUUCGAACCAGAUUGUGCGGCGCAGAGUUGCCGAUCUCCUCUGCGUGCAUCGCACAGAUCCCGUCAUCAUCAAUCUCUAGCCAUCGAACCUGUGUGUUGACGUCGAGAGACGUGUGCAAGGGGGCGAACGAGCCAAGAAUAGUGACGGUGCAGUGUAAAGUGCUAAAGCUGAGAGUUAAAGCACAUUGGCAAAAGAGUCACGAGUAUUUUGCAGCAGUACAAGAGUGUGACUCCAUAAGGAAAAAGUGUGUUUGUGGAGGCGCUUCCUCACGAUCGCGAGUGUUGGUGGCGAAUUUCUUGUAGGAGGUGGAAAAAUUUUGUUCUUCGAAUUUUGAUCGGAUCGGUUUUUUUUGGAAAGAAAAAGCUAUUAUUUGCAACUGGUGUGUGGUAAAGAAGCGAAAAGUAAUCGACAGCGCGGUGUGAAUUAGGAAGGCACAGAAAAGCGAAACAAGUUGAUUCAUACGGAAUUCCUAUACAUACACUAGUACAAAGAGAGUGUAAUAGUUGUUUUUCUUUUUCGAACGCCGCAUCGGAGUAUGCUGAACGCAGUUUACCGUGGAAUGAAGAGGCAUCACUGAGUUACACAUAAAGAGCAAGUGUAUAAGAGUGAUUGUUAAACGACAAUUAUACAAGAGCGAGAAGAAGAUUUGAUUAAGCGAAGACUUGGAACCAAACUUGACCUGUUGCAAAAUCCAGACAAGAUGAAUACGUUCGGUAACAGUGUAAAUCCAGAAAACACCAUUCAGUCGACACAGAGCAUUGCCGACUAUUUGGCACAGCUACUUAAAGAUCGCAAACAGUUGGCAGCCUUCCCGAAUGUGUUCAACCAUGUCGAACGCUUGCUCGACGAGGAGAUAUCCAAGGUUCGGGCAUCCCUCUUCCAGAUCAAUGGAGUGACGAAAGAGCCUCUGCAGCUUCCGGAGCCCGAGGGAGAAGCCAUCACUUUGAAUGAAAAAGUGUACGUACCGGUGAAAGAGCAUCCAGAUUUCAACUUCGUUGGAAGAAUUCUCGGCCCUCGAGGUAUGACUGCGAAGCAACUGGAGCAGGAAACGGGAUGCAAGAUAAUGGUUCGGGGGAAAGGCUCGAUGCGUGAUAAGAAGAAAGAGGAAGCAAAUCGAGGCAAGCCAAACUGGGAACAUCUGUCUGACGAUCUGCACGUGUUGAUUACCGUUGAAGAUACCGAAAAUCGAGCAUCUAUCAAGAUCAAACGCGCUCUGGAUGAGGUCAAGAAACUGCUGGUUCCCCAUGCUGAAGGUGAAGACGAACUCAAGAAACGACAGCUCAUGGAACUGGCCAUUAUCAAUGGCACUUAUCGGGAUUCGAGCACGAAAGCGCCCCCAGCGGAGAUCACCUUCGAGUCAGCCUACGACGGAUGGAAGCAAUUGGCUGCUGAACAGCGAUUAAUCAACCCUGCCGCCAUCACGGGUCUCACACAGAAUCAACUCGCUGCGGCUGCACGAAAUGCCGCCAAUCCACUCGGUGCUCCACUGAUCCUGUCGCCACGAAUCUCAGUGCCAACGACUGGUGCCAGUCUCAUGACCGGUUCGGCGCCACCAACCAUCGAUCACACCACCGGACUGAUAUACGCAACCGCACCCUACGCCGACUACGCCAGCUAUGCAGCCCUGGCCGCCGGAAACCCCCUGCUUGCAGAGUACGCCGAUCACAGUUUUCCUACUUGCUUUCAACCGGUGCCACACCACCACCAGGGACAGAUGACAGUCUAGCCAAUAGUGAAUGCCGAGAUCGGAGAUCACGAUAGCCCAUGGGAUGCGAUUUCGCGACUUUCGCCAUCGCACUCCUCACUACAGUUCGGUUAAUUUAAAUCAUGUGGCUAAAAUUUAUGAUCUGUUCCACUAGCUGCCCCUGUGAAUUCUGAAAGCCGUUGCCGCUGUUGUUGCUGCACUGCUUUUCUUCCUCCUACCACCUCCACCCUAGAGCUCUAGACUCCACCAGAAAGCUGCAAGAACGUUAAUUUACCUUUGCUCUGCCGCUACCGGACUGACAUUCCAUGCGAUUUGAAUCACCACAGGCAGACCACUAUCAUCACUUCGGUCAGACAGUUUUAGAGGACACUCCUUGGGCUGGCCCAUUCUGCGUACUUCUAUACCAUCCGCCCCCUCACAGUUGCCACUGUGCGUAUGUAAAUAUUGCUGAUAGUGCCCAAGGCGAGUGCGCCGCACCCUAUUUACCAUGACGAAACAGUAGCAGUCCUGAUGACCGUCUUCCCACUUCAACGUCCAACGUUUGUCGGCGCACCGAAACAUGUGUUCAGAAGUUAAUGUUUUACGUGCGGUUCCGUUAAAAGAAGACAUGAGCACGUGCGAAGUGAUAGUUUUAUCAACAUCCCAGUGAAAUGGCGGCAUUGCUACAAACCAGAUUAAUAAUGGGCCAGAUGAUAUGUGCGCACCGAGUGCAGCAAGAGACGCCCAAUGCUGCUGAAUAGCGUAUUCGUCGAGACGGUGCAGUAGUCAAUAGGAAUAAACCAUCGAACCCGAAAGGGGCGACGGAAAUACGGGCUGACAGUGUAAUUGUAGUGAAAUCAAUCGUUCUAGUUGUGUUUUUUUAUUCAAGCAAUGUUUUAAGACGAGUUUUAUACUCUUUGUAUAGCCAUAUAUAGUUAGUAGUUAUUUUGAAGUAAUGGGACACACCAUGCGGGAUAGUUAGUAGUUGUUGUUAUUACGAUUCAAAACUCUUCAAUAUUUAUGAAAACAAGUUCACAAAGUGAUAUGCGAGAGAAGGAAUGACAGCUGAAGUGCUUCUGAGAUUGGAACAAUUGAGCUAUGGUGCGGGCGUGAAGUAUCUGUUCUGGAACUACAACAGUGGAUGCAAGGCGGAUCUUUGGUGCUGAAGGCAGCAGAAAAUCAACAUCAAUAAGCAGUGUAAAAAUCAUUGAUUUCGCGGAUACAUUUCAACCAAAUUCAACGCUCGUCGCUGCUGCGUGCUGCCUCAAUCAACGAAACUCCGCCAAAAUGUCACAGCGUCAUCAGCGAUGCAUCACGCGUGUUCCCAUUUUCCCCGAUCGGUUGUUCCGGGUGCAGUACUCCUACACCAGCACGCCAAGUUUACCGAGUUGUUGUCAUCACGCGUCGAUUUAAACGAGACACAAUGCAUAUAAAGAGAAACAGCUACACGGGCGGUGGCCCGGCCGAUGACAAACGUCCAGUUCGUAAAAAGCGAAAAAAGAGAAAGGCGCUGUUGAUUGGGAAUCGCCGCGCGUCACUUCACUUGGUACUCCGAUCGUCGACAACGACGCACAUAGGGGUAUUUCACCAAACUGAUUCGAAAAAGUUGACUUUUUCAAAAUUGUCCUACGCCAUUAAAUUACCACAUGGUCUAUUGCUACAGUGAUCUCAAGAAAAUCAUAUGAAACUAAUGUGACUAUGAAAUUGUUAUCAUUGUUAGUUAGAACAAAAUUUCCAUUGAAUCGUUUGCAUGAUUGAGUAUAGAUAGUAGUGACAUAUAAUUAUUUAUAUUUAUAUAAUUUUUGAACAGAUAUAUUGAACAACUUAUAAAUUUUUGUACUUACAUAUAUACAAGGUGUAAGUGUUUUACAUCGACUAUCACGAUGCCAUAUACCAUAUUUUGGAUAAUUUGCACAUAAAAUAGUUGUUACUGGUAUUGCGGAGCACGAGUCAAUUUUUAAGAUCACAAUGUGAAAAUGGAUCAAUUUGACAUUUGAUCUAUUUAAGCACCAUAGUAAUAUAAAACAUUGAGUAAAAUAGUUUAGGUGAUAACAUAUUUAAUGCCAGCUAAAUUUUAGAAAUACUCUUAUGUGCGACGGAUCGAGAAAGGAGAAGAAAUGCCAUCAGACAGAAAGAAAGCCAUAAGCAAGAAUGUAGGUAUCGAAAACGGACACAGAGACGAGGGACAGCAACAAAACAUGAAUUAACUUUGUGAAUGCAAAAACGUAAACACCAGUUUUGGAUUGAUGAGGAGACAUUCCAUACAAACCGUUAUAAGAAAUGAGAGAAGAAAAUCCAGAAAGUUGUACGGUAGGGUUGUAUAUUAUGUGUAUUUAUUUCUUUAAGGCAGCGAAAGAUUGUCCCCAACAAGGUGCUUUCAAUGUGUGAGAUAAAGAGUGCCAAAUCAUCCCUUGCGUUGAACCUGUACUCUUCUGCUGCCACAAUUACUCAAGUACCGGUUCUUUCCCGAUGAAUUCGUUAAAAGGAAGAUAGUAAAAUUUACAGCAAUAUUUCGAACUGAUGAGUGAUAGACUGGUUCAAAGAAUUGCUAACAGACCUCAAAAUAUCCAUACUCCUCACAUUAAUAGGAUUUCAAUAUUCUGUGGUAGGUUAUUUCAUAUGAUGUGACAAAUGCACUAUAUAUUAAUCGACAACCACGGAUCAAUAAAAGAUAUAGGAAUAUGCGUUUGCCAUAGCUGGACCAUAGAAUGACACUUAUACAAAACAUACAAGAUUGUGUCCAACUACAAAAAUACUAUAAACCGCUCAGAAUAUGUGUUCUUGAUAUCAUGAACCAUUCUACCAUUAUUCGAUCAACGAUUUAAACUAUCCUUCCUCCCGGUCAUAUGAUCGACCACUUGGAAGAGAACAACAUCAACGGAAACGGUGGUGGUGGUUGUGGCGGUAAAGAAGGUACGCAAUAUCGGCAAGGAGAUGCCCUCACGAUGCAGUUAGUCAGAUUUUUUUUACCUAAGUUUAUAAGCAAUUGACUUGAAAUUGCAGUUUAACACACAACCACAAGUUACCAAGUAUUUUUGUUCGUCCGGUUUCAUUUUUAGGUCUACGUUAUGUAAAGAUUUUAUAUGUAGGUUAAAUAUGUGUAUUUUAUAUUUAAAGUAGUUAAGUUUAAACCAACGUGAAACGAAUGAGCGAAUAGCGCGCGACUGUCACGCUAAAAUUGACAAACCAAUAAAAAUGGACAAAUUUUUUUCCACGACGAUGUAUAGAGAUUUAGGACGAUCUUUCUAGUUGCGUAAGGAGAAGCCGUUUCUUAGAGAUGCUUUAUUAGCGAAUGUGGCAAACUAGUCUAUUGUGAAACGAAAUUGGAAACCGAAUAUACUUCGGGAAUACCUUGUUCUAUGUACUGUAAAAAUGUGUUUAGUAUUUAAUGACAGCUUUUUUAGUAUUAUUAAGUAAGUAAACUAUUUAUGAAUAGAAACUGUUUAUCAGUA